UUUAGUGUUGAGUUUCAUCCCCUGCAAUUGUUCGUCAUCCGUCUCUCUGGACUCCGCUAACCAUCCUGGCCAGCUUUAAUAUAUUAGACGGGACACUGCACGCUGAAUGGCAGAGUAUGCAAGUGUACUAAACUUUGUUAACGGCGUAUUCUCAGAAGAUGGAUGUCAACUUUUCAAUAAGUAUUUUUUUCGCCGGACUAUUUGCCCUUUUACAAACAACUUUGUUGUGUUCAGCAUAUGCCUUCUUAGAGCCGUACGACCUUCUGUAUGAUAACGGAGUGGAAGCUUUCUACAGCAGUGACUAUAAAAAUGUGGUAAGCUACAUGGAGAGAGCGCUAAGCAGCUAUUCUGAACUUCGCCGGACUAAAGUCCGAUGCAGGCUGCAGUGCAAGGACAAGCACCCAUUUGAUGCGUUUUCCUCGGAUUUGCGGUUCUUCGAUGCUGUGCUUCAUAGGGCUUCUUGCUUGAACGAAUGUAUCGAAAGUGUAGUGGGCUCUCAGUCAAUGCACAGAGUUAGUGAGGAUGUCAUCCAGGAUUUCCACAGACGAAUCCCAUACAACUAUCUUCAGCUUGCGUACGCCAAGCUGAAGCAACCGGACAAAGCGGCUGCAGCGGCCCACACCUACUUCCAGGCCAACCCGGAGCACGUGGAGAUGAGCCACAACCUGGAGCAGUACAAGGGCCUGGAGGGCGUGCAGGAAGAGCACUUUAUCGACAGGGAGGCGCGUGUGCACCAGAAAGCCUUCAUGGUGGGGGUGAAGCUCUAUGACAGAGGGGAGUACGAGAAGGCCAUUGAGCACUUCGAGGAGGCCCUGGCGGAGUACUACAAAGCAGACUUGGAGUGCAGGGCCCUGUGUGAGGGUCCGCAGAAUUUCGGCGAGCACGAGCACUUAAACUACCACCCCGCCCUCUACGAGCUCAUCUCUGAUCAUUUCACGCAGGUGCUGCACUGUGAACACGAGUGUGUGAGAGACCUGGCCACACGCCCUGGCCGUCUCUCCCCAAUGGAGAACUACCUACCUCUUCACUACGACUACCUGCAGUUUGCCUACUUCAAAGUGAACAUGAUUCAGGAGGCCAUUGAGUGCGCCCAGUCAUACCUGCUAUUCCAUGAAGGAGAGGAGUUCAUGACGGAGAAUGUAGACUACUACAGGGAGGUGCUCGGGCAGGAGGUCAAACCACGGGAGGAGGCUGAACGGUACUUCAAACGUCACCAGCACGAAGUGGACCUCCUCCAUGUGGGCAGUGAAAACUUAGGAAUUGAAUACACCGAGGGGAACUAUUGGAGCAGCUCAGGUGGAAGAGAAGAUGUUAACAGAAUCCCUUCAGGCACAGACGGCUGGAUGGAGUAUGUCCCCAUAUCAGAGAAGAAGAAUGUAACGGUGGAGGAGGUGAAGGAGCUGAGAGAGGGAGGGCCGCUGCUGUACGAUAGUGUUCGGCUGGUCCUGAACUCGGAGACCCUUAACGGAACGCAGAGGGUGCUUUUCGACGACGUCAUCACUGAAGACGAGUGCUCGGAGCUGGAAAAUUUGGCCCACGUCGUCAUGAUGGGAGGCGAUGGGUAUCGAGGAAAGACGUCCCCCCACACGCCCAAUGAGAAAUUUGAGGGUGCGACGGUAUUGAAGACCUUGCAGUAUGGCUUCGAGGGUCGAAUCCCGCUGAAAAGCGCGCGCAUGUUCUACGACGUCAGCGAGAAGGCCCGGCGGAUCAUCGAGUCCUACUUCAUGCUCAACUCUACCCUACACUUCUCCUACACUCACCUGGUGUGCAGGACAGCUAUCGCUGGUCAACCGGGUGUUAGAAGUGACCUCAGCCACCCCAUCCACGCUGACAACUGCCUCCUGGACCCAGAGGCCAAUGAGUGCUGGAAAGAGCCACCUGCCUACACCUACCGAGACUACAGUGCGCUCUUGUAUCUGAAUGGAGAUUUUGAAGGAGGGGAGUUCAUUUUCACAGAAAUGGAUGCAAAAACAGUCACAGCAUCAGUGAAGCCCAGAUGCGGGCGGAUGGUGGGCUUUUCGUCCGGAGGAGAGAACCCCCACGGCGUCCGAGCGGUGACCCUUGGACAGAGGUGUGCCGUGGCCCUCUGGUUCACUCUCGAUCCCCUCUUCAGAGAGCUGGAGAGGCUCCAGGCAGAUGAGGUGAUUGAGUCACUAAAUAACCAGCAUCAGUGGGGCCAUGAACUCAACAUCAACCCCAAAGACGAGCUGUAGUUUCAGGGAAGAGGAAGCGGCAAUUUAAAAUGUUUAUCUAUUUAUUUAACAAAGUCGAUUUUAUCAGAACAGUUUUAUUUUUCUACUGUUUGAAGUGCUGGUUUUUCUUUUUUUUUUUGUCUGUGUUAAAGAGUGUGACAUCUCCGUGUGCUACCUAUACCAGUACUUGAGUUCACCUCCAUUUUGUUUCUUUGCUCCUCUGCGUGUUUGGAAACGUCUUCCUUCACAGUGCCGCCAGUGAAAUUGCGGGGACGGGUAUACGUUCCUCGGUGUUGACCGUUGUGCCGGCUCUCCGACAGGAGGGUUCAGCCGUGUCUUAUAGCAGGGAUCAUCAACUCUGGCCCCCCUCAAAUCCAAAUUCAGCCCUGGGUUUCUUUUCUCCCAGGUAAUUAGUGCAACUUAUUGGCCAGACUGUUUUUACAUCUGACUCCCAGGUAAAGAGAGGGUGGAAAACCAGCAGUUCUCGGCCUUCAAGCACCGUGAGUUGCUGAUCUCUGUCUUAUAGAUUUAUGACAUCGAGGGAGCUGGUACUGAGUGAAGGACUUUCCAGCGUGAGGUAGAUACUGCACUGUGAAUAAGCCAAAGAGAAGAACAGCAUGUAACUUGAUAGUCCCCACAUUCAAGCAAAACAAACUCUGGGUUUCCUGUUUUCAGGUCAUUCGCAUAAGGUGUAAACAUAUCAAAUUUGCGGUAUAUGCAUUUUUCAUAAAUUGAUUUAUAGGUUAUAUUGCAUCUGUUGGAACUGGGAUUAUUAUGUUAGAGCAUAUUAUUUGAGCAAUUGUUAUAUUAUUUAAAAUUUUAUUUAAUGUAACUAUUGAAAUAUAGAAAUAUAGAAUAUUUUAGUACAGAAUACGUUUAUAUUUAGGUUAACAUAGUCAAUAAUUCAACACAAUAUUAAUAGAAGAUUCAUUGAAGAUCAUAUUUAAGCCACCGUGACCGGAUAGUGAACAGGAUAGUGAAAUAAAUAUUUGUAUGUUUGUCCCAGUCCUGCAUAAUCAUGCAUACCGACACACAUAUUAAAGACACUCGUCAUUUGUGCACUUUCUUCUUUUAUUAACGUGAUAAGUUAUUGGGCCACUGCCUUCUUUUCAGCUCAGAUGUGAGCAGAGCCCAUGGAACGCACUCAGAUAGAUGUGUUUAAUACUACUUUUAUACUUUUUUUAAUAAAAGAUGUUUAAUUUAUUCCUGUUUCAAGGAAUUUGUCAUUUGAUGUGGCUAAUAGUUAUCCUUUCCUUUCAAAAUCAUAUUUUCAAAGCAAUGUUGUAGUUACAUACUUUUAAUCCAAUGGACACUGGGCAUGCCUUCUUACUGAGCUGCUGUAAUUAUGCAUCCACUAUGUAACUGCUUCACUGAAUUCUUAUUUAGCUUACACUUUUGAAAGGGAGGAAGGCCACUUUGUCUUAUUUUUUUUGUUCCGUUAUUGGACAUUCUAGUGAACUGAAAACUGAAAUAUUGUACUUUCAUUUUCUUUGUAAUUGGUGUGGAAAUAAAUGUUUUAAAAAAUCUA